UCUCUCUCCAUUUUUCACCCUUCAAUGCACUCUGUAAUAACAGAAUGCAGAGCCAGCAUAAAAAUAUAACCUAAUUUUAUUUCAUAAAAUAAAGAUGAUGUGAAGAAUCUUAACACCUUCUCUCUCCGUCACCCCCAACAAUGGACUUUGUGUGAGAGAGAGCCCCAAAGCUUCCCCGUCUUUGUUUUUUUAUUUUUUAUUUUUUAUGAUUGAUGGCAGCUACGAGUCUAGCCCCAGAGCCACCACCAGCAAUCGCAGAGGUGUUUCCAUGGCUGAAAACCCUACCUCUGGCGCCGGAGUACCAUCCGACUCCCGCCGAGUUUCGAGAUCCGAUUGCCUACAUUUUCAAAAUCGAGAAGGAGGCCUCCAAGUACGGCAUCUGCAAAAUUGUGCCCCCUGUUUCCCCUGCCCCAAAGAAGACUGCAAUCGCUAACUUCAACCGCUCGCUAGCUGCACGAGCGGCUGCGUCCUCUUCUGGCGAGAAAUCCGCACCCACAUUCACCACCCGCCAGCAGCAGAUCGGGUUCUGCCCUCGAAAGUCUCGUCCGGUGCAGAAACCCGUGUGGCAGAGUGGGGAGAACUACACCUUCCAGCAAUUUGAGACCAAGGCGAAGAGUUUUGAGAAGAAUUAUCUGAAGAAAUGCCUGAAGAAGGGCUCCCUCUCGCCUCUGGAAAUCGAGACACUCUAUUGGAAGGCGACUGUGGACAAGCCUUUCUCAGUGGAGUACGCCAAUGACAUGCCGGGCUCUGCUUUCACGCCCAUGAAGAGUGAUGGCGGGAGAGAGCCAGGGGAAGGGGUAACGCUUGGUGAGACGGCGUGGAAUAUGAGAGGGGUGUCGAGGGCAACGGGAUCGUUGUUGAGGUUCAUGAAGGAGGAGAUUCCUGGUGUUACUUCGCCUAUGGUUUAUGUAGCAAUGUUGUUCAGCUGGUUUGCUUGGCAUGUGGAGGAUCACGACUUGCAUAGCUUGAAUUACUUACAUAUGGGAGCCGGGAAGACCUGGUAUGGUGUUCCUAGGGAAGCAGCUGUGGCAUUCGAGGAGGUAGUGAGGGUUCAUGGCUAUGGAGGAGAGAUCAAUCCUCUUGUUACUUUUGCUAUUCUUGGUGAGAAGACCACAGUUAUGUCUCCUGAAGUAUUUUUAGGUGCAGGGGUACCAUGCUGCAGGUUAGUGCAGAAUGCUGGGGAGUUUGUUGUUACUUUCCCAAGAGCCUAUCAUACAGGGUUCAGUCAUGGUUUUAAUUGUGGGGAAGCAGCAAAUAUUUCCACUCCUGAAUGGUUGAGAGUAGCUAAGGAAGCUGCUAUUCGUAGAGCUUCAAUCAAUUAUCCUCCAAUGGUGUCUCAUUUCCAGUUACUUUAUGACCUUGCUCUAACUCUAAGUUCGAGAAUCCCAACAAACAUUAAUUCUAAACCACGCAGUUCUCGACUGAAAGAUAAGAAAAGAGGUGAAGGUGAAACUCUUGUUAAGAGGCUAUUUGUGCAGAAUGUAAUGGAGAAAAAUGAUCUACUGUAUCUUCUUGGGAAAGGUUCUUCUGUCGUACUUCUUCCCCAAAGUUCUUCAGAUAUUUCUGUCUGUUCAAAUUUACGUGUUGGAUCCCAAUUAAGAGCGACUCCAGGGAUGUCCUUUGAUCUGUGCCGGACAACAAAACGAAUGAAAUCCUCAAAAAGUUCAGUUUCUGAUGAUAUGAUGUUAGACAGGGGCCAUGGAAUCUUGCAAGUUAAGGGCUUCUUAUCAGUGAAAGAGAAGUUUGCUUUUUUAUGUGAAAGGAAUACGAUUUCCUCAUUAAAGGAAGAUGAUAGUAUGUGCACUGUGAAUGCUGAGACCAAAAGAGGAAGUUCUUCACACAGUGAUAAAUUGUCUGAUCAGAGACUGUUUUCAUGUGUUACAUGUGGAAUUUUGAGCUUUGACUGUGUUGCUAUUGUUAAACCACAUGAAGCGGCGACCAGAUACCUCAUGUCAGCUGACUGCAGCCUUUUUAAUGAUUGGAUUGCUGGUUCUGGAGUAUCUGGAUGGAAGGAAAAGAGCAACCCAGAUGGUUUGUAUGAUGUUCCUGUUCAAUCUGCCAAUUAUGAGAGUCAGAUGGCAAAUCAUGGUAGUGAAGAAGUUUUGGAUACUGAAGCAGGAAAAGAUAGCACAGCUCUUGACCUAUUAGCUUCAACCUAUGGAAAUUCAUCUGAUUCUGAAGAAGAUAAGUCUGAACCAGAUGUUCAUCAUUAUGCUGAUGAAACUAACAUCACAAACUCUCGAUUGGAGAAAGCCCAGGUGCAAGAUUUCCAUAGUGAGGCAGCUGGGGGUUACCGACAAUCGCCAUCAGAACGUGAUUGUGGGGAACAAGUUCAUCUCCACACGGAACAUGUACUUAAUGUGACUAAUUUGAAGGAGAGAAAUCAGCAAGUUUCUGACUUAUCUGCUGUCUAUGGAACUGAGAAAUUUGCUUCCUUGAAGUCGAACAAUUUGGAGGGUAGAUUGACAGUAUCACAUGCAACUUAUAAUUGUUCCCCAGUUGUCUGUGAUCCUGAGAAAAAUAAUUUUAGCCACGCCAUUGUACCCAAAGAGAAUACAGCAUCAUUUCCCUUGCAGUCUGAUGAAGAUUCUUCUCGAAUGCAUGUCUUUUGUCUUGAGCAUGCGGUUGAAGUAGAACAGCAACUUUGUGCUAUAGGAGGAGUGCAUAUUAUGCUUCUAUGCCAUCCAGACUAUCCGAAGAUAGAGGCUGAAGCAAGGUCAGCAGCACAAGAACUGGGGAUGGAUCAUACCUGGUAUGAUAUCACUUUUAGAAAUGCCACCAGAGAGGAUGAAGAGAAAAUUCAAUCAGCUUUAGAUAGUGAGGAAACCUUACCUGGGAAUGGCGACUGGGCAGUAAAGUUGGGCAUUAAUCUCUUCUACAGUGUGAACCUCAGCCGUUCCCCUCUAUACAGUAAGCAGAUGCCAUACAAUUCUGUUAUUUAUAAUGCAUUUGGCCGUGCUUCUUCACUUAGCACUCCCCCAGACAUUUUCAAUGUGAGGAGGCCUAGCAAACAGAAAAAAGUGGUGGCUGGGAAAUGGUGCGGAAAAGUAUGGAUGUCAAAUCAAGUUCAUCCUUUCCUAGCACAAAGGGAUUCUGAGGACCAGGAUCUAGAAAUAGAACGUGAAAGAAGCUUACAUGGUCAGGCAAUGCCAGAUGAACAGCUAGAAAGGGAAUUACAAAGCACGUGCAAAACUGAAACUGCCCAGCUGUCUAGAAAGUUCGGGAGGAAGAGGAAAAUGAUUUCUGGACAGGGAUCAGCUAAGAAAGUCAAAUGUGUUGUGACAGAGGAUGCAACUUCAGGUGAUCCAACGGAGAAUAACUCUCACAAGCAGCAUAGGAGAAUUCUUAGUCGGAGGCAAAUCAAGCAUAUGGAGGGAGAAGAAGUUUCUUAUGAUUCCCUGGAGUACACUUCAAGUCCUCUGUAUAGGAGGAUCCCUAGAAGCAAGCUCGCAAAAUUCUCAGAGAGAGGAGGUUCAGUUUUGGAUGAUUCACUGGAUGCAGAUCCUCAUCAACAGUAUAGGGGGAUUCCUAGACGCAAGCAAACCAAAAUUGAGAGAGGAAAUGCAGUUUCACAUGAUCUGUUGGGGAAAAGAUUUGGGAAGCAGUAUGCCAGGAUUCGUCGAUGCAAGCAAGCUUUAUCUGUUGAGAGAGAAAAUGCGAUUUCAUAUAAUUCAGAGGAAGAUACCAUUUAUCAACAGGAGAGGAAGAUUCCUGGAAGCAUGCGAAACAAAUUUAUCGAGGAGGAAGACAUAGUUUCAGAUGAUUCACUGGAGGACACUUCAGAUUGGGUCAACAGAAGGUUUCGAGGAAGCAAGCAAGCCAAAUGUAGUGAGAUGGGAGCUGCCGUUUCUGAUGGUGGUAUGGAACAAAAUUCUCAUCAGCAGCGUAGGAAAGUUCGAAAAAGCCCACAGACCAAAUAUACUGAGAAAGAGGAUUUUGAUUUGGAUUAUUCAUUUGAGAGGGAAGUUUCAGUUUCUGAUGAUUAUGUGGAAGAGAAUUCUCAUCAGCAACAUAAGAGGGCUCUUGUUUCUUCAUUUGAGAGGGAAGGUUCAGUUUCCGAUGAUUAUGUGGAAGAGAAUUCUCAUCCGCAACAUAAGAGGGCUCCAAGAAACAAGCCAACCAAAGGUUUUGAGUUGGAAGAUGCCACAUUAGGUGAUUUUCUGGAAGAUAAUAAUUUCCAGCAGUGUAGGAGGAUUCGCAGCAGCAAGCAAGUGAAACACGCUGAGCAAGUAGAUGCUACUUCAGAUGAUGCUCUGGACGAUAAUACUCUUUUGCAACAUAAAAGGAUUCUCAGAAGCAAGGAGGCGAAAUGUAUUGAUGCAGAAGAUGCAGCUCCGUAUAAUUCAAUGGAGGACGACUCUCUCCAGCGGCAUAAGCGAGUUCUUAGAAGCAAGCAAAAGAAAGCAGUGACCCCUCGCCAAAUGAAACAAGAGAACCCUGGACGUAUGAAACAGGGGAGUCUGCUACAGAAACAAGGGAACCCUCGGGUAUUGAAACAAGGGAAUGCUAGAUUAAUGAAAAAAGAAAUGCAAAUUAAACAAGAGACUCCACAGGUUCACAAUUUUAAAAGUGGAGGGAACACUAGACAGAGAAAUUCUUGUGUCCAGGAACUAGAAGGUGGCCCUAGCACACGUCUACGGAAAAGGACCUCAAAGCCUUCAAAUGAGGUAGAGAGCAAAUUGAAAGUGAUGCAGUCUAGCAAGAAAAAAGCUAAGAAAGGUUCAGCUACAAAGGUUCAGCCUGGUCGUAACAGUGCAAAAUUGAGGAAUGAGGAAGCAGAAUACCAGUGUGACAUUGAGGGCUGUACCAUGACUUUUAAAUCGAAACAGGAGCUUGGUGUGCACAAAAGAAACAUAUGUCCUGUCAAAGGGUGUGGAAAGAAGUUCUUCUCACACAAGUAUCUGGUGCAGCACCGUCGAGUUCACAUAGACGACCGCCCCCUCAAGUGCCCUUGGAAGGGCUGCAAGAUGACUUUCAAGUGGGCAUGGGCUAGGACUGAACACAUUAGGGUUCACACCGGUGCUCGUCCCUAUGUGUGCGCUGAGGCAGGCUGUGGGCAGACAUUCCGAUUUGUGUCAGAUUUUAGUCGUCACAAGCGGAAGACUGGUCACUCAGCAAAGAAGGGCAGAGGAUAAUUUGAAGAUUGUAAUUUAACAUUGCUAAUGAGACCGUUGUUCGAUUGACGGGUAGGGGCUAGGCUUAAAAUGGGUUAGGAAAAAUCAACUGUAAUUGUCAUUCAGGGUAACAAUUGAUUCUGUUUUACCAUGGUUCUUCAUUAGGGCCAUUUGUUUACUGCAGCCAGAGCAAUUGUUGGAUCUGGAAUUAGAUUUAUUUUCCGAUGAUAUUGCAUGUUAAAUGAUGUGGGUGCACGUUAUUGUAUAGAGUCCUACAAUGGGAGAUUUUACUUUGGUGAA